AUGCCGCUCAGUUCCUGCAGCCGACAACUCAUCCAGACGCUUGCUUUCCUGAGCUGUGGGAUACUUGGGUCCACCCGAUCUUCAUGUAGCGUACGUCGAUCUAUGAAGAAAAGGAGUAAUGAGAGCCCUCCGUUAUUAGAAAAACACGAAGAAAAAGACGAGGGAACUCGAAGGAUGAGCCGCCGUCCUACACUCCUUAACGCACUUGAACAUGCGAAUCGAGCAGUUGCGCUAGACACCGCGGGUUCAGUCCCCGAGGCGACAGAAGCGUACAACCGAACUAUUGAACUGCUUGAGGGCGUACUUCGGGAUAUUGGGGAAGACGAUAGUGAUAGUGAAGAUUCCUUGAGAAUAAAGAAGAUCGACCCAGCUUUUAAUAUCAGUUUGCAGCAGUGA